AUGGAUAAUCGAAAUCGUACAACAAAUGUUAAAGGUGCUGCUUUUCAUAAACAAGCAAAAGAUAAUCUUCAAUCGAUAUUAGAUAAUUUUAUGGCAAUUAUUAAUCUUAUUCGAGUUGAAGAAACACAACCAAAUCAAAUAAAAGAUCAAUUACCAAGAUUAUUAACAAAUACAACAGAAGAUUUUGAAAUGCGUGUACGAGCUUAUAAUAUGGUUCGUGCUUUUGAAUCAUUACUUAAACUUGUUUCGGAUUUAAAAGAUCAAGCUGUAUUGUAUGAUUUCCGAGCUAUUAAUGAUGCUGUUAGAGCACAACGACAAAGAUUUAAAAAUCAACAAUCAGAUUUAGAUACGAAAUUAAUUAGUUUACGUGAUCGAUUAGCAUUAGAAAUGGUUAAAUUUGAAGAUGAAUAUGCAAAUAAAUCAGCUUUCAAAACUUUUAAAGAUUAA